UCUUCUGACCGAUUCCCAUCUAGGGUUUCUCCUUCUCCGAAACGCUAACCCUAAUUGGGCUCCAAAACCCUCUCGCGAAUCUCCUCCUGCCUCCAAGAACCGAGCUUUCCCCGUCCAAGAUCCAAUCGCGGUCUUCUGCGCAUGAUCAUUGCCCUCCCGGCGGCCUAUGGACUCCUCCGGAACGCCGGAUACUGCCUCCGUCGGCGAGGAUACGCUCGGAGAGAAGGAAACCGCCGAGAAUAAGGCCCCAUCGGAUGGCCGGGAGGAGCCGGUGGUUGACGUCUCCGGGCAGACGUGGGAGGUUUCGCUGUUCGAGAGGCCGCCGUCGGACGGGGCCCCCGAGGGGCUGUACGUGUACCGGAAUACUUUUCACCUGGUCCCGCGGGCGAUAGGGCAGCUGGGGAGGCUCAAGACGCUCAAGUUCUUCGCGAAUGACAUCGAGGUGCUGCCGCCGGAGGCUGGGGAUUUGGUGGAACUCGAGCGUUUGCAGGUGAAGGUCACGUUGCCGGGGAUUUCGGGUAUCCCGUUCGGAAAGCUCAGGUCUUUGAAGGAGCUCGAGCUCUGUAAGGCGCCGCCGAGGUCGUCGGCGUUUUCUAUACUGUCCGAGGUUUCUGCGCUCCAGUGCCUAACAAAGCUCUCCAUAUGCCACUUUUCUAUCAGAUACCUUCCUCCUGAAAUUGGGUGCCUUAAAAAACUCGAGGAGCUUGAUCUUUCAUUCAAUAAGCUGAAGAACUUGCCUAAUGAUAUUGCUGAGUUGAGUGCUCUUAGAUCAUUAAAAGUUGCUAAUAAUAAGUUGGUGGACCUUCCAUUGGGAAUAUCUUCUUUGAGGAGUCUUGAAAAUUUGGACUUGUCAAAUAAUAGGCUGACUUCAUUGACGUCACUUAAACUAGCAUCUAUGCUUACGCUCCAGUAUUUGAAUCUUCAGUACAAUAAGCUCCCCAGUGAUUGUCAAAUUCCAUCAUGGAUAUGCUACAAUUUCAAGGGGAAUGGGGAAGGCAUUGCUAAGGAUGAGAUGACUAAAUCUUUAGCUGAGGUGGAUGUACAAGAUGUGGCAGUCCAUAGGAGCCAUUGUAAACGUUCAUGUAACGGUUGUUCUACAUCCUCAUGUUUACAUCCUGAGGCCUCAUCAGGUUAUAAAUGUCAUGCAACACAAAGGAUGAAAAAGGGAUGGAAGCGUCGUGACUAUCUGCAGCAAAGAGCUCGCCAGGAGCGUUUGAACUACAGCAGAAAGUGGAAAAGCGAAGAUCAAAAUGAUAAUAUGACAGAGAAGAUGGCUGAAGAAAAUGAUUCAUGUAUGGAAAAUAGACACUCCGAGUUGCAUAUUGCUGUAGAUGAAGAGAAAUUGUUAGAUGGUUCUGCAAAAUCAGGUGCUAUAACAGAAGAUAUAUCAAGCACUGCUGACGGUGAUGGAUGUGGCCUUGCCAAAGAUGGUGCUUUUCUGAUUUUACAUGACUGUGCUGACAAUGAAAAAGUUGGAUUGCAUAAGAGAGAUAAUAGAGAUAACAACUCAUGCAUUACAUCUGAGUCUUCUGGCUUGAAUAAGGAUUGUGAUCUUGAAAAUGAGAGAGAGGAUAAUGUUUCUCCAGUCUAUCCUCUUACUGAUCUAAAUGUGCCUGAUGAAUACUCCUCGUCGGAGGCAUCUAAAUUCAUUUUAAAAUCAAAAAGGCACUCUGAUAAGGAUCUCGAUAAUCCUAAACCAAGCAAAUUUCGCAGGCCAGUUGAUGAAUGCUCAAAUCUAUCCUGCAAGUAUAGCACCGAAUCAUUUUGCAGCAUCGAUGACCAUCUACCAGAUGGAUUCUAUGAUGCAGGACGUGAUCGGCCCUUCAUGUCACUACAAGAUUAUGAACAGAGCCUGUGCCUAGAUUCACGUGAAGUUAUUCUUUUGGACAGGGAGAAAGAUGAAGAGCUGGAUGCCAUUGCUUUUUCUGCACAAGUACUAAUGUCUAGUUUAAAAUGGUCAAGUUUAACUGCUGUAAGUGAGGAGGAUGGGGUUGACAACUUGCAAAGGGCAUCGGUCCUUGCUCUCUUUGUAUCAGAUUGUUUUGGGGGAAGUGACAGAAGUGCUUCAGUUAUGAGAACACGAAGAGCUAUUGCUGGCUUAAAUAAGCAGCAACCUUUUGUCUGUACUUGUUCUGCUGCAAACACCUAUGAUAAUAGUGGUGACACGUUGAAACAGAUGCAUGGCAUUUUAGGAAGUCUUAAUUUCAAUGAUCUUUGUGAAAAAUCUCUGCGGUUCAUCAAGGAAACACGCAAUUCAAAUGUUGUGCCUAUAGGAAUACUGCGAUUUGGUGUUUGUAGGCACAGAGCUGUGCUAAUGAAGUAUCUAUGUGAUCGAGCAGAUCCUCCAAUCCCUUGUGAGCUUGUAAGGGGAUAUCUAGAUUUCAUGGCGCAUGCUUGGAACACUAUUCUUGUUAGAAGGGGAAAUUCAUGGGUACGAAUGAUUGUUGAUGUGUGUUAUCCAACUGACAUACGAGAAGAAACAGAUCCAGAGUAUUUUUGUAGGUACAUCCCACUUAGUCGACUUAAUGUUCCUUUGGAAACCUUGAGUUCUCCUAUCUUCAGAUGUUCUUUUCCUUCUUUCUCCCUUUACUCUGGAAAUGAGAAUGCAUCCCGUUCCGUCUUCCAUUGCAAAUUUGGAACUGUUGAUGCUGCUGUGAAGGUGCGUAAAUUAGAAGCAUGUGUGGCAUUGGAUGAGAAAAUUAGAGAUUUUGAGUACACAUUUUUAGGGGAAGUAAGAAUGCUAGGUGCAUUAAAGAAGCACAGAUGUAUAGUAGAUAUUUAUGGUCACCAGCUUGCUUCUAAGUGGGUUUCUACAGCAGAUGGAAAUAAAGAGUAUAGGCUGUUGCAGUCUAUAAUUGUUAUGGAGUAUGUAAAGGGGGGAUCUCUUAAGAGUUAUUUAGGCAAAUUAGCUAAAAAGGGUGAGAAGCAUGUACCAGUUGAUGUUGCUUUAUCUAUUGCUAGAGAUGUUGCUUGGGCGUUGGUUGAAGUGCACUCUAAGCACAUCAUUCAUCGUGACAUAAAAAGUGAGAACAUUUUAAUCGAUCUGGAUUCCGGGCGAAGUGAUGGUACACCAAUUGUUAAGCUCUCUGAUUUUGAUAGAUCAGUUCCUCUCCAAUCUUUCGCGCACACAUGCUGUAUUGCUCACCUUGGCAUACAUCCGCCUGAUGUUUGUGUUGGAACUCCACGAUGGAUGGCUCCAGAGGUGGUGCAAGCUAUGCAUAAAAGAAAUCCUUAUGGGCUGGAGGUGGAUAUUUGGUCAUAUGGGUGUCUUUUAUUGGAAUUGCUGACCCUCCAAAUACCAUACAUUGGGCAAUCCGAAUCAGAAAUAUAUGAUCUCUUGCAAAUGAAACAACGCCCAAGACUUACUCCAGAACUGGAAGCACUUGCAUCGCCGGAUGAGCCGAAGUCAAGAUCAAAAUCAGAGAUAUUUUGUGAUUCUGAUGCUAAAAUUUUGAAGCUAUUGGUAGACCUUUUUUACCAGUGUACUAGUGGAAACCCAGCUGACCGUCCUACUGCCCAGGACAUCUAUGACUCACUCUUCGCUGUUUCUUCACAAUCUCUUGAAACUUAGCUGAGCAGUUGUGGCUAAUUAUAUGCAACUCCAGCAAUUUUUUGUGCCGUUGUAGUACUGAGGCAUCAUAUGCUUAUCACUCCCUGACAGCUGAAGAAGAUGGUGUUUGGACCAGUCACCAAAUUUCUAUGAUUAUCAUGCAAUCUACUUAAUUUGUUUGGAGGGAAGCCUAGAGUCGCCAUUGAUAAUUUGUAUCGAGCAGCCUUUCUUCCACAAUUGGCUUGUAUCUCAUUGGGACAAAGGGGAUGGUUUUAUGUUUUACAUUAUUUUUUAACAGCCCCCGAAUCUGUUCACAACGAAUAGCAAUUGUACUAUUAUUUUUCAGUUGAGGUUUAGCAAGUUUAUUUAUUCUUCCCAAAUGUUGUGAGAGUUCUCAAUUUAUUAUUGUGAUCAAAGAAAUGAUGUUCGAACAAAGAUGUAGAUUUGCAGAAAUUUUUGUUUCUGUAAUAAAAUUUUUGAUCUGAUUCCAGGGACAAA